AUGGUGGAGGCUGCUUCUGAGAUCCCGGAGAAGUUCUUCGGAAAAUAUGACUUGGACAAGAGUGAGAACUUUGAUGAGUUCCUUGCUGCCAAAGGUGUCAGUUGGUUCGUGAGACAAAUGAUCAAGUUGGCUAAGGUUAGCAAGGUUCUCGCUAAGAACGAAACUCCAGGAAAAUAUAACAUGGAGAAUCUGACGUCAAAGAAGGAUACAAUCUAUCACGGAUGGGAACUCGGAAAGACUUUUGAAGCUGAAGGACUCGAUGGAGUUCCACAUAAGAUUACCUUCUCCUUCAAAGAUGGAGUCUUAUCUGAGCACCACAUCCGUCUCAACGACCCAGAGCACAGCGCUGAGACCUACUACUACACCAUCGAAAACGAUCAACUUGUGAUGAAAAUGGUCAAUAACGGAAUCACAUGUCGUCGCUGGUUCAAACGAUCAACCGGAAAGAAGUAA